UGGGAGCACGCGAGCAAUCGAACGAGCAAGCAAAGAAAUGCGCUGGAGCCCAACGGUCCUUUGGCUCGCCGUGGUGUGCUGGCCAGCCGCGGUCGUGUGGACGCUGGAGACGACCAACGUGUCACACCCGAUUCGCGGCAGUCACGCGAGGGCGUCGCGGUUCCGGCCUGCCCCGGUGCUACGACACGGGUGCGACGGGACGCAGUUCGAGUUCGCCUACACCUGCGACUACGACGGCAGUCGAUGGAGCAGCAACGACGACGCCUUCCAAAUUGUGCCCGCCGAGAGGUUCCAGCAGGCGCCUAUCAGAGCCCGCAUCGACAGGUUCGAGGCAAUCAUGUUGGCGCAGCCUCAGUACGUCGAUAUAUCGUUCUACGAUGUGUACUACACCUGGGGAGAUGUCCUCGCUGUUCCUGGGCCAUCUGCUUACGAAAACGUUCCGGGAAAGGACUUCAACGUACGACUAUCGAAGGUCUUCAACGACACGGAAAGGAACUACCUCAGCCGGACACUGAACCACACGUACGCGUUUUCGGGCGACUACUACCUCACGGCGGCCCUGCAGAAUCGGACAAGCCGCGACAUCGAACGAGUCAGCGUUACCAAGGUCACCGUUGUCGACGAGGCGCACCAGUGCAGGCCUCGGCUUCAAGUGGACGGCCUGGGCCCGUGUGGACGUCCGCUCCCGGUGAGCGCACAGCGACCCGCGGUCGUCUGGGUGCGCUCGGGAGUGUCCGGGCACUGCAGCCGACCACUGGUGGCGCGCACCGACGUGCAGUUUGUGGUGCUCUACGGGCGCGACCAGGGUCAAGCGCCGGUAGUCCAAUGCAGCGGCAGCACGGGUCCACCCGAGUCGUGCGCGCAGGGGAAUUCGCCGCCCGACUGCACCUACAAGGUCACUGUAAACAAGAGCUGCCUGCGCCAGGGCGAGACGGCCAAGGUGGUGCUGCGCCAGAUGUGGCGCGGCAAGACAGACGUGCUGAUCGAGGCUCUGGCCGUCGGCUACCUGACAGCGAGCAGCAGCGCCCUGCACGCCUCCAUCGACGGCGCGCCGCUGGUCGCCCUGUCCGACGUCGAGACGCUGGUCCUCAACGGCAGUGGUUCUCGACACCUAGAGAAGCCCGGUCAAGCACUGGCAUUUAGUUGGAGCUGCGACCAAUGCGGCAAGAAUGAAUCCCUAUACCAAGCAUUCAUCAAGAAGCGACUGGACCAGGAGGUUAUCGAGAUCACGGACGAGCUGCAGUAUGGCUCGACUCAAAUACUCAACUUCACGCUCCGCGUGAGCAGUGAUAGCGACAACGACAGCGCCACAAUCCGCGUGCGCGUUCCCGGAGAUCGGGACGACAUGAUGGCGCUGUCCUGCCCGUGCUCCGAGUUCGGCGUUCUGAGCAGCGAGGACCUGGUGGUGGAGGCCCGGCCACAGCGCACGAAGUUGUGGAACACCAGCUACCCUCUGGUCACGUGGCAAAUACGUGGACCAACGGCUCAGGACGCAGGCGUGCACCGCGUGCCACCUGGCUGCCUCGCCGAGCAGCGCGGGGCCGUGCUGCUGAUGCCAGCCGGGUACAUCACCAGGUCCGGACCGCACAACAUCACGGCGAGCGCAUGGAACCAGAGGCCCCAGGCGGAGGUCCAUUUCGUUCUCACGCACGAGCUUUUCGAGGGCCAGGGUUUGAGGGAGCAGAGUGACCUCCCACCGACGAAAGGUCACUGCCAGGUGAAUCCGAAGAAAGGCGUAGCCGUGAAAACCACCUUCCGAGUCGGUUGCACAGGCUUCGCAGAUCCCGAAGGAGCCUCCCUCAGUUACGGCUUCUACUUCUGCAGUCACGCACCCAACAGGCUCAAGGACUAG